UACCGGGCUGUCACUUCCACUUUCGAAUGUUCACCCAUCAAGAUGGAUCAAUCUUCUUUAGAUUCUAUAGCAAAUAGUUUAGACAUCAAAUACCAAGUCACAGAUAAUGUGGAUGCUAGGAAAACAUACAUAGCCAAAGUAAUACUAACAAAUACAGGUGAUAUUCCAUUACGCGCGGCUGGGAAAUGGGCCAUCUACUUCUGUCACAUCCGCAUGGUGGAGCCUCAGACACUUCCAGAUGCAGAUCAGAUCCGUAUGGAAAAGUAUGGAAUCAAGUUUUGCCAUAUCAAUGGAUGUCUGUUUACCUUGGAACCAUUAAGAUCUUUCAAAACCUUAAAUAAAGGUGAUAGUCUGGAGAUUGUAUUUACAGCUGAAUACUACUCGGUUGCUAGAUCCGAUAUGAUGCCUAAUUGGUACAUUACAUGCAAGGAUCUGCUGCCCAGGAUUAUACAGAGCACACAGGGAGAAGACCUCUCCUAUGUUUUACCAUUUGAUACUCCAGAAAGCUGGAAAAGACAUAAGUGGGACAAAUAUGAUCCAUUUACUCCAGAAGUAAGGUAUGAAAAAAACCAUGUGCAGGAUUUGGGCAAGGCUGGAUGUCUUGUGACCCCUACACCUCAUAGCCUUAUAGUAGUCAGUGAUAGGACAUUAGAUCUUUCCAAACAAUCUUGGUGCAUUAUGGCUGCUGAGGAUGUGAUGCAAGAGGCUGAGUUUCUUCAGGAAAAAUCUGAUUCAAUCAAAUUUGAUCUUCGAAACAACAAGGAGUUGAAACUUAACCAGAAACAUGUAAUUCUGUUGAAAAUUGGUCCAGUCACAGAAAAUGGGGACGGAUGCACAGGAAGAGCUAAUGAGGAUGCCUAUAAAUUAACAGUUCAACUAGAAGAAGAAGUGAUAGAGGUUAUUGGUAGUUCUGCUGUAGGAGUGUUUUAUGGUGUUCAGACCUUUCUUUCCCUGCUGGACAGAUGUGAGGUACCACAUGUUCACAUCCUAGACUAUCCAAGGUACCCCUACCGAGGAAUGCAUUUAGAUGUGUCGCGCAACUUUCAUAAAAAAGAGUCGGUGCUGAAACUGCUAGAUGUCAUGGCUAUGUACAAAAUGAACAAGUUCCAUUUUCAUCUAACAGAUGAUGAGGGUUGGCGUCUUGAAAUCCCAGGGUUGGAAGAACUGACCACAGUUGGAAGUCGCAGAGGCCAUGACCUUGAGGAGAAGACAUGUAUCUUACCCAUGUUAGGGUCAGGCCCUAACUUUGACACAUCAGGCUCUGGUUACUACUCAAUAGAUGAUUAUAAGGAAAUCCUCAAAUUUGCACAACAGCGUCACAUCGAGGUCAUUCCAGAGAUUGACAUGCCAGGUCACAGUCAUGCAGCAAUAAAGGCAAUGCAGGCCAGGUACUACAGGUUCCAGGAAGUCAAAGAUACCAAGUCAGCCAAAGAAUAUCUGCUUACUGACUUCCAUGACACUGAUAGUGUUACAACAUCUGUUCAAAUGUAUUCCGAAAAUUCUAUGAAUCCUGGUUUGGACUCUACAUAUAAAUUUGUUGAUAAAAUAGUGAAAGAAGUAAAAGAUAUGCAUGCUGAAAUCCAACCCUUGAAGACAUUCCACUUUGGGGGAGAUGAAGUACCAUAUAAAGCCUGGAAAAAGUCAUAUGCCUGCGAAAAGCUUAUUGAGGAUGGAGACGUGGAGUCCUUUGACAAGCUCAUGGAGUACUUUGUCAAGAGGCUUGCGGAAGUGGUGGCUAAGCAUGGUUUAUCACUUGGUGCCUGGCAGGAUGGUCUCAUCCACAGUGGAAUUACACCUGUGGAAAGGACAAAGUUUCCUAAUAAGGAGGUGCUGGCAUAUGCUUGGCAAAAUGUUUGGGAAUCUGGUCUGGCUGGAUUUGCCUAUAAACUUGCUAAUGCUGGUUAUAAGGUGGUGAUGUCACAGGCAACCCACUUGUAUUUCGACCAUCCAUAUGAACCAGACCCAGAGGAGGUAGGAUUGUACUGGGCCACCCGGUACAUAGAUACACGGAAAACAUUCAACUUUAUGCCUGACAAUAUCUUUGCCAAUGCUGAUGUUAAACUGACUGGUAAAGAGCUCUCCAAAGAGGAUGUUGAAAAAUGUAAUGAAGACAAUGAUGUACUGAUUGAAAAGCAAAAUGUGAUAGGUAUGCAAGGACAACUAUGGAGUGAACUUGUACGUACCUCUGAUGUCCUAGACUCAAUGAUCCAUCCACGUCUUCAGGCUUUGGCAGAACGAGCUUGGCACAAAGCAUCAUGGGAGGAAGUUGAUGAUGUAGCUAAACUGAAAAUGGACCAAACUGCGGAUUGGACAAAAUUUUCAAACUCUCUGGGAUACAGAGAGCUGCAGAGGCUGGAUAAAAUGGGUGUGACAUACCACAUCCCCCCACCAGGCGUGAGGGUUGAAGGUGACAAGUUACAUGUGGUAUCUGCCUACCCAGGCCUACCACUGUAUUACAGUACUGACAGUGGAACUACCUGGCAGGAUGUGAAGGACAGUAUCAAGGUCAACUCAGGACUCAAAGUACAUAUUGUGUGCAAAUCGGCGGACAGAUUGCGGUCUAGUCGGAGGGUUACACUAACUGUUCCAGAUGCACCUCUCUCCGAUGGCCAUUGAUGGAUAUGAGAUUGUGCUAACACAAUUCUAUAACAUAAUAAUUUUCAUCGGCCUUGAAUUCUGUUCAUAACAUUGUGCUGUAUUAGACCAUAUGUAAAAAGUUGCCCCCUGUACAACUAAAUAUAUUAAUGACACAAUUAUUUGUAUCAUAUUGAACUGGCUGUGUUUCUGAAGUUAUCAAAACUUUGUGCUGACCUCAAAUUGGACACAAUCCUCUGUGAUAGACAUACUUUGUCAUUUUAGACAAAAAUUGUGCUGGAUUCUCUCCAUGUAUCUGUUUGGUUGUGCUGACCAGUCUUGUACUAUACUAGUCCGAGGACCUCAAUUGUCAUAUAUAUCAUCUUGUGUAGAAAACUGUAUGAUUGUGUUUGCCAUGAAUAGUUUAGACUAAUGUAGUAAUAAUGAUACAUGUAUCAAGCUUCAGUUUUGAUAAAAAAUGGAUAAUACCUUGAUCAUAUUAUUGAAAUAACCAGACACAAAUUCUUCCCAUAUUAAAGCCUUGUUAAUUCAGUGAGUAAUUACCUCAUAACAUACAAUGUAAUCAAUAGGUGGAAAGACAAUUUAUUUCAUAGAUAAUCUUACCCUCCUGGAUAACAGAGAAAGAGUACCCACAGGGAUAACAGAAAAAGGCAUACCUUUAGAGAUUACAGAGAAAGUGUACCCACAGGGAUAACAGAAAGGGCAUACCUUUAGAGAUUACAGAGAAAGUGUACCCACAGGGAUAACAGAAAAAGGCAUACCUUUAGAGAUUACAGAGAAAGUGUACCCACAGGGAUAACAGAAAAGGCAUACCUUUAGAGAUUACAGAGAAAGUGUACCCACAGGGAUAACAGAAAAGGCAUACCUUUAGAGAUUACAGAGAAAGUGUACCCACAGGGAUAACAGAAAAGGCAUACCUUUAGAGAUUACAGAGAAAGUGUACCCACAGGGAUAACAGAAAGGGCAUACCUUUAGGGAUAACAGAGAAAGUGUACCCACAGGGAUAACAGAAAGGCAUACCUUUAGAGAUAACAGAGAAAGUGUACCCACAGGCAUAACAGAAAGACAUACCUUUAGAGAUUACAGAGAAAGUGUACCCACAGGGAUAACAGAAAAGGCAUACCUUUAGAGAUUACAGAGAAAGUGUACCCACAGGGAUAACAGAAAAGGCAUACCUUUAGAGAUUACAGAGAAAGUGUACCCACAGGGAUAACAGAAAGGGCAUACCUUUAGGGAUAACAGAGAAAGUGUACCCACAGGGAUAACAGAAAGACAUACCUUUAGAGAUUACAGAGAAAGUGUACCCACAGGGAUAACAGAAAGGGCAUACCUUUAGGGAUUACAGAGAUAGUGUACCCAUAGGGAUAACAGAAAGGCAUACCUUUAGGGAUUACAGAGAUAGUGUACCCACAGGGAUAACAGAAAGGCAUACCUUUAGAGAUUACAGAGAAAGUGUACCCACAGGGAUAACAGAAAGGCAUACCUUUAGAGAUUACAGAGAUAGUGUACCCACAGGGAUGACAGAAAAGGCAUACCUAUAGAGAUUACAGAGAAAGUGUACCCACAGGGAUAACAGAAAAGGCAUACCUUUAGAGAUUACAGAGAAAGUGUACCCACAGGGAUAACAGAAAAGGCAUACCUUUAGAGAUUACAGAGAUAGUGUACCCACAGGGAUGACAGAAAAGGCAUACCUUUAGAGAUUACAGAGAAAGUGUACCCACAGGUAUAACAGAAAAGGCAUACCUUUAGAGAUUACAGAGAUAGAGUACCUACAAGCUUAACAGGGAAAUGUCAAAGAAAUGUCAUUAUUGUGGGAUAACACAGAUAAAAGAGGAGAUGAUUGAUGUUUGAAUGACUGGUGUACAUAUUAGUCUAGGAAAUCAAAGGAAGAA